UUUCUUUACCCCAGGUGUAAGUCUAUUUAAUAGAUGUCAUGAAAUGGGUAUUUAAGAAUGGAGCCGUUAACGUUACUUUCUAAAUUACUUUAGAAGGGCUUAUAUGUUUUUAGGGUUGAUCGCAUCCAUGAAUUAACUAACAACCUCUCCGCGCGUCUUGCUGCCGCACGUCCUCGUAUUACAAUAUAGGAACGACUACGAGCCUGAUGGGCAAGAGAGGCUGAAUAUCCCGGAUGGAGUAGAAUCGUUCUGUUAUUGGUGAAUUUACUCGAGGGAACAUUCUAUCCAACACCGUUAUUUCAUUAGGACGACACGCAUUGCAUAGGGGUUAAACUAAUUUUCAGUUCUCAAAAACAUGCCGAUUACAUUUUUUAGAAGAAUUUAUCCUGAGGAAACACUUCGCCAUAGCAGUGCUUACGGUUGCACCUGCGCGCGGAUUUAACGCGCUGCUCUUCAGUCCUGGCUGUAAAUCUCUUCCAUUCCGCAAAAAAGGAAUUCCACGGCCGCGCUUUGCAGGUUUCAUAUUUCCCAGACCAGGUCGAGGAAAUGGCCCGUUCUACGCUACGAACAGGAAUUAGCUAAACUGCAUGAAAUAAGAUUAGGCUUCACCCUAAGGGCACACAUUUCUUCGAAACAAUCCUGCACUGUUUGUGCGUUUUCAAAUGGCAUUUCGCAAUAAUUAGAUCGAUUUUUAAGAAUCGAAGGUGAUAGAUGCUUCAUCCACUGUUUACGGAAUUGACGUGUCGUCUUACAUCACUGGCCUCGGAAUGAAUCAUCGUUAGAACACGGAUGCUAAGCGAUUCGCUGUACCAUCGCACUUUUUCGUCCAGAAUACAAGGUUUCAAACAUUGCUUUUGAAGAUGGAAGAAAUAUUACGGAAGCUACAUAAGGACGCGUCAGGGAAUAAGUACAAGGCUGUAAGAGAUGCGUGUACUUCAGCCCGCGAAACCCUUGAGGCUCAGAAUGGAUCUGCUAAGAUUCAGCCAUCUCAGCUCAGAGAGCGAUGCUUACUUCCUCUUAGACUGGCUCUGGAGUCCAAAAGCACCAAGCUGGCCCAGACCGCUCUCACAGGAAUGCAGAAGAUGCUGUGUGAGGACCGGUUCGUCACCACGGAGACGGAGGCAGCGGAGAAGCAGCUGUUGUGUCAGGUGCUGGAGGCAGUAAGAGUCACACCCACUCUACACGAGGACCUGCAGGUGGAGGUGAUGAAGGUCCUGCUCUGCAUCACCUACGCCCCCACCUUCCAGAUCAACGGCGAGUCCAUCCUGCGCAUCGCCGAGGUGUGCAUUGAGACGUACGUGAGCAGCUGUCACCAGCGCAGUAUUAACACGGCGGUGCGAGCCACGCUCAGCCAGAUGCUGGGGGACCUCACCCUGCAGCUGCGGAACAGACAGGAAAAUGCGGCUCUGGAUUCGGAGGACGGGUCGAUGGCCACUCUCCAUCGCAAAGACAUCUCCCCAACCAGCGAGGCCCUGGGUGAGGACGUCGUCAAUGUGCUCAUCGUCUUCUGCGAGAAGCUGGAGGGCGUGGCCAGUGAGAACCAGCUGCUCCAGCUACUCUAUCUUGAGUGCAUCUUGUCCAUCCUCAGCAGCUGCCCUCCCACAAUGCACCUCAACAGAGGCUUCACGGAUCUCAUAUGGAAGCAGCUGUGUCCGUCGCUGGUGGCGAUCAUGGGGAACCCCAUGAACGAUAAAACCAUCACCUCAGCCUCCGCCCACGGGAGCGGGUCAUCCCAGGACGCGGCCCCGCCCUCGGCGGGGGUGUCGGACCAGGGCAGGGGGUCGGGGUGCUCGUCCAGCGCCCCCACCCUGAUCGGGCCCGUGGCGCGCACCAUCUGCUACACGGCGGCCGAGCUGGUGCGGCUGGUGGGCCAGGUGGAGUCCAUGAAGCCCGUCCUGCAGUCUCUGUACCACCGAAUCCUGCUAUACCCCCCGCCCCAGCACCGCGUGGAGGCCAUCAGGACCAUGAAAGAGAUCCUGGGCAGCCCAGAACGCCUUUUUGACCUGGCAGGCCCGUGUGUAACAGAACCAGAGUCCAGAAAGCGCUCCUUCUCCAAGAGGAAGUCCCACCUUGACCUGCUGAAGCUGGUGAUGGAUGGCAUGACAGAAGCGUGUAUGAAGGGCGGGAUCGAGGCCUGCUUCUCGUCGGUGUCCUGCGUGUGCGCCCUGCUGGGGGCGCUGGAGGAGCUGAGCCAGGGGCGGGGCCUGCAGCCGGAGCAGGCGCGGAUGCUCCUCCGCCGGCUGGACGAGCUGAAGGAGGGGGCGGAGUCUGCGCGGGAGUCCAUGGAGGUCAACGAGGCCGACUUCCGCUGGCAGCGGCACAUCCUCUCCUCCGAGCACGCUCCGUGGGAGCCCCCCGGCGCCGAGCGCAGCCCUGACAUCAGCAUCAGCGUCACCACGGAUACGGGCCAGACAACACUGGAGGGGGAACUCGGCCAGACCACCCCGGAGGAGUGCGGGGAGGAGCCGCGCCUGGCCUCCCCCUCCUCCUGCGGCCCGGACGCCGCCUCUGACCGCCCCCCCCGUCCAGGGGUCAGGGAGGCGGGGGCGGAGCCCAGUGGCCAGCCCGACGUGGUGCAGCGGAGCCACGCCCUCGUGUACCCCGACAUCACCAACUUCCUGUCGGUGGAGUCGCGGGCGCGGUCCCACGGCUCGCGCUACAGCGAGAGCAACUUCAGCGUGGACGAGCAGGACCUGUCCCGCACCGAGUUCGACUCCUGCGACCAGUACUCCAUGGCGGCCGAGAAGGACUCGGGCCGCUCCGACGUCUCGGACAUGGGCUCGGACAACUGCUCGCUGGCGGACGAGGAGCAGACCCCGCGCGAUUGCCCGGGGCACCGGUCCCUCCGCACGGCCGCCCUGUCGCUCAAGCUGCUGAAGAACCAGGAGGCGGACCAGCAGAGCGCGCGGCUGUUCGUCCAAUCGCUGGCCGGGCUCCUCCCGCGCCUCCUGGGGCUCCCCACCUGCACUGACGUGGACGUCUCCCUCCAGAACUUCUCCUCCACCUUCUGCUCCGGCCUGCAGGCAGGGGGCAUCCACUCACCUGGGUUCGAGGGCAGUGGGAAUCUGAGCUGCCAGGCCCUGAUGAACGCCGACGGCCUGUACCUGGUGUCCUACUACGCCCUGCUGCUCAACCUCAAACUCUGCUGCAGCGACUACUACCGCAGGAAACCUGCUCCUGUGCUGGUCAGCCUGAAGGAGUUUGUGCGGCAGAUCCAGAGCAGUGGGGUGCUGGUGGUUCUGUCGCAGGCCUGGAUCGAGGAGCUGUACCACCAGGUCCUGGAGAGGAACCUCCUGGGCGAAGCUGGAUAUUGGGGCACCCCAGAAGAGCACUCCCUGCCCCUCAUCACUAUGCUCACAGAUAUAGACGGGCUGGGUAGCAGUGCUAUUGGCGGUCAGAUGAUCCGCCAGGCUUCAGCGCAGUCCCCAUUCUACUGUGACAAGAGCACCAGUGACACCCUCAUGGCAGGCAUGGUGUUUGCACGCUACAUCCUGACUGGCUGCUGGAAGAACCUGAUUGACACCCUGUCCACCCCUCUGACGGGGCGCAUGGCGGGCAGCUCCAAGGGACUGGCCUUCAUCCUGGGGGCGGAGGGAGUGAAGGAGCAGAACCAGAGGGAACGGGACACCAUCUGCCUGAGCCUGGAUGGCCUGAGGAAGGCUGCUGGGCUCAGCUGUGCACUCGGUGUUGCUGCUAACUGUGCCUCAGCACUGGCCCAGAUGGCUGCAGCUUCCUGUGUGCAGGAGGAGAAGGAGGAGAAGGAGCUGGAGUCCGGGGAUGCCAUCGCACAAGUGAAGCAGAAGGUGGAGCAGAAGCUGGAGCAGAUAGGGCGCCCCCAGGGGGUGCGUCUGCACACUGCACACAUGCUCUGCAUGGACGCCAUCCUCAACGUGGGGCUGGAGAUGGGCAGCCACAACCAGGACUGCUGGCCACACGUGUUCAGGGUUAGUGAGUAUGUCUGCUCCCUGGAGCACACCCACUUCAGUGACGGGGGCUCGCAGCCCCCCAUGGCCAUCACUCAGACCCCGCAGGCGGUGGACCUGGGCCUGGAGCUGAGCGGGGACUCCAGCCCGGAGCGAGAGCUGGGGAUCAGCCACCCCGUCAUCCAGCCCCUCUCCAUCCAGGAGCUGCUGAAGGAGAGUGGGCGGGGCAAAGCCUUCGACCUGCGGGGCGGGAGCCUGCUGGGCGGGGCUGGAGCCGCCAAGGUCGUGUGCACCCUCUCCACCCAGGCUGACAGGCUGUUUGAAGAUGCAGCCAGUAAACUGAACCUGGUGGGACUGGUGGGGUUCCUGCACCAGCUGAGGAGGGCCUCCCAGUCACAGCUCUUUGAUUCAGUCACGGAGACGGGGGACUACUCUUUAGCCAUGCCAGGGGAGGCAAAGUCCACCCAGGACAGACGCAGCGCCCUGCACCUCUUCCGGCUGGGAGAGGCCAUGCUUCGCAUUGUGAGGAACAAGACCCGCCCUCUCCUGCACAUGAUGAGGGCCUGGAGUGUGGUGGCGCCCCACCUGGUGGAGGCCGCCUGCCACAAAGAGCGUCACGUGUCCCAGAAGGCCGUGUCCUUUAUCCACGACGUGCUGACGGAGGUUCUGACCAGCUGGGCGGAGCUGCCCCACUUCCACUUUAACGAGGCGCUGUUCCGUCCGUUUGAGCACAUCAUGCAGCUGGAGCUGUGUGACGAGGACGUGCAGGAUCAGGUGAUCACCUCCAUAGGCGAGCUGGUGGAGAUGUGCUCUCCUCAGAUCCAGUCUGGCUGGAGACCCCUCUUCAGCGCCCUGAGGACAGUGCACGGUAACAAGUCAGACAUGAAGGAUUACCUGGUGGGAGAGUAUUCCAUGGGGAAGUCCCAGGCUCCGGUGUUCGACGUCUUCGAAGCGUUCAUCAAUACAGACAACAUUCAGGUGUUUGCCAAUGCAGCCACCGACUACAUCAUGUGCCUUAUGAAGUUUGUCAAGGGUUUAGGAGAAGUGGACUAUAAGGAGAUUGGGGACUGUGUCCAUGGAACCGGAUAUAGCUCCACGGACCUGUGCCUUCCUGCCCUGGACUACCUGAGGAAGUGCUCACAGCUGCUCACGAAAAUCUACAAGAUGCCUUCCAAGCCAGUGUUUCUGGGGGCGCGGCUGGCCAGCCUGCCCAUGAGGGCCCAGGAGAGGUCGGUGAGCAGCGAUGACGGCAUGGACUCCAUCCUGGGAGAGUUUGAUGAUGACACAGGCCUGAUACAGGUGUGGACUCUGCUCCUGGAGCAACUGACUGCAGCCGUGUCUAACUGCCCCCGCCAGCACCAACCUCCCACCCUGGAGCUGCUGUUCGAGCUCCUCAGAGAGGUCACCAAAAUCCCUGGGCCAGGCUUCGCCAUAUUCUCUGUGAUCCAGCUGCUGCUACCAGUGAUGUCACUCUGGUUGCAGCGUAGCCACGGUGACCAUUCCUACUGGGAUAUUGCAGCUGCCAAUUUCAAACAUGCCAUUGGCCUGUCCUGUGAGCUGGUGGUAGAGCACAUCCACAGCUUCAUUCACUCAGAUAUUGGCUAUGAGAGCUUAAUCAACCUGAUGCUGAAGGACCUGUUCAAGCUGCUGGUGGCGGCUGUAUCUGAACCUGCCGAGACCAUCUCCAGAGUGGGCUGCUCCUGUAUCAGGUAUGUGCUGGUGACAGCAGGCCCAGUGUUCACAGAGGAGAUGUGGAGGCUGGCCUGCUGUGCUCUGCAGGAUGCUUUUUCCACUACCCUGGAGCCUGUGAAGAACCUGCUGGCCUGCUUCCACAGCGGCUCGGACAGCUUCACGGGGGACGCGUGUGAGGUGAAGGUGGCUGCACCUUCACACUCUGCCUCAGCGGAGGCUGAGUACUGGAGGAUCCGCGCCAUGGCACAGCAGGUCUUCAUGCUGGACACUCAGUGUUCCCCAAAAACCCCGAACAACAAGGAGGGCUUUGAGCAUGCUCAGUCCUGCGUUCUCAUCAUAGAGCUGCCCCCAGACCAGCAAUCCAACGGACACACGCAAAAGAGCAUUCCCUUCAGGACCAUCGUGGUCAGCUUGCUGUCCCAUCAGGUGCUCCUGCAGAACCUGUACGACAUCCUGCUGGAGGAGUUUGUGAAGAGCUCCGGGCCGCCGGAGCCCCAGGAGAAGAGCACCCCCGUGUCGGAGCCCAAAGCCACGGGCUUCCUGCGCUACAUCUCCAUGCAGAACCUGGCCAUCAUCUUCGACCUGCUGCUGGACUCCUACCGCACCGCCCGCGACUUCGACACGCGGCCCGGCCUCAAGUACCUGCUCAUGAAGGUGUCGGGGGUCUGCGGCGCCGCUAACCUGUACCGCCAGUCCGCCAUGAGCUUCAACCUCUACUUCCAGGCGCUGCUGUGCGCCGUGCUGACCAACCAGGAGAACAUCACGGCCGAGCAGGUGAAGAGGAUCCUGUAUGAGGACGAGGAGGGCAGCACCGACUCCUCGCAGCAGUGCUCCUCCGAGGACGAGGACAUCUUCGAGGAGACGGCGCAGGUGAGCCCUCCGCGGGGCAAGGAGAAGCGCCAGUGGAGGACCAAGAUCCCCUCCCUGAGCGUGCAGCCGCUCAGCGGCGUGGACUGGGCCUGGCUGGUCCACCGGCUCCACAAGCUGUGCAUGGACCUCUGCAACAACUACAUCCAGAUGCACCUGGACCUGGAGAGCAGCCUGGAGGAGCCGCCUGUCCUGAGGGGGGACCCCCUCUUCUUCCUCCCGCUCUUCCCUUCGGAGACCUCUACGCCCUCCACGGGGGGGCUGUCGGGUAAGGGCACCCCCUCCGAGGACGGGUUCCGGUGCCACCUGGCCGAAACACCUUCGGAGGAGGCCCCCAGCCCCGGGCACCCGGCGGGCAGCCUGCCCCAGCUGAGGGCGGAGAGGAGGGAGGCGGGGCGGAAGAAGGAGUGGUGGGAGACGGCCGGGAACAAGCUGUACACCAUCGCCACCGACAAGACCAUCACCAAGCUGAUGAUUGAGUACAAGAGGAGGAAGCAGCAGCACAACCUGGCCAGCUUCGGUAAGGAGGCCAAGGCCGGCGACAAGAGGGCCGAGCCGGUCACCCUGCGGGGCCCCGACUCCCCGCUGCCCCAGAGGCCCCAGCAGCUGGUGGACCAGGGGCCCAUGCGGCACUCCUUCAGCGCGGGGCCAGAGGUGCUGCGGCAGGAGAAGAGGCCCCGCUCAGGCUCCACUGCCAGCUCUCACAACAUCUCGCUCAGAGACUCGGAGGCACAGAUACAGGCUUGGACCAACAUGGUCCUGACCAUUCUGAACCAGGUGCAGCUCCUCCCAGACCCCACCUUUGUGGCCCUCCAGCCAGCGGUAUUUCCCUGCAUCAGUCAGCUGACGUGUCACGUGACCGAUGGCAGGGUGCGGCAGGCUGUGCGGGAGUGGCUGGGCCGUGUGGGCAGAGUGUAUGACAUCAUCCUGUGAGAAGCUGUCUGUAAGGGCUCGCUGUACCCCAGUCAGUCUGAAUAGACCAGGUUACAGGUGUUUGGCUGAAUUCUGGCUGAUUGUUCAGUUUAAUCAUGCCUUGGUGUAUUUUUUAAUAUCACUGUUACACAUCAUACAAGGGCAAGAUAUUUAAUAUAUUCAAAAUAAUAUUGUUUUCCAUUUACCCACAUCCAUAACUACAUAUUUAAUCAUAUUUAAUGUUAUAUCCAUAUGUUAAGUAUUUAUUACAUUUGCCCUAAGAAUUAUUCAGAUGAUUAUAUUAAAAAUACAUUUAAAAUUUUUUUUUUAUUUUGUGUUUUGAUGUAACAUUUUCAUAAGUCUGAUGUGUUGUGCCAUAUGACAUUGACAAAUUUGUAGUCUGAAAAUGUUUAUUUUUCAUUUAUGUUGUUUUCACAUGCUUAAGCUUGCAUUAAGCUUGUAGAGACAAACAGCGCACAUGGAUUAUGGUAUCAUGCACAUAUUGGUGGAUUUCUCAAACCCUGAACCAUUUUUUCGCAUUUCAGCAGUACGGUUCUGUGGCAUAUUGCCGUGUCACUGAAACUGCAUCACAGCAGAGAAGGUGAGAGAAACCCCAAACUGCAUAAUAGCAAAGUAAAUGAAGAACCCACAUGCCACCCUGUUACUUGGCCACAGAGUCUUGCCUGUAUUUAGUUCUUAAAUUGCACUUUGGAAACCAGUUUCGAAGAGUUAAUAUUAGUGAACGCCAGGUUCACAUUCGUGAUCACUCAGUUAGUUUUAGUAAUUGCAGAGAACUUGCCAAACUGUUUCUGAAGGAAAAACUGUGAUUCUUGCUUUUUAAUUGUUAGUCCAGUAUAAAAACAAAUGCAUAUGUUGACUGAAUCCCGGUCCCUGUCUUUAAAUGGCUUCCCCUGCUUCCAACCAGGGUUUAUUAAAACAAAAAGAAAUUUUGUUUGUUUUUGUUUUUGGUUGGGUAUCCAGGAUUAUAGGGAUGCUGCAAAAUAUUUUUUAAAAAGCAUGUUGAAAUGGAAUAUGUUCUCCAUCUUCUACAAGCCACAGUAGUUGCUAAUCUGCAGUACUACCCUUUCAUAGUCUAAUCUGGAGUACUAACCUACUAUAAUCUAAUCUGCAGUGCCAACCUAUAAGUCUGUAAAAAAAUCACAUUAUUUUUCAGAUAGUUUUAAAUGUAGGUUUGAUAUAAAAGUUUCAUUCUGCCUCUACAGAUGAAAGCAUGAAGUUCAGUAUUUUAAUACACUUGACAUUUGUACUGGCGUCUGCCACAAAUUAAAGGUAGCACCUCUGGCAAUAAUGUAAAAAAAAAAAAAACAAGAAACGUAGUUCAUGUGCAUCAUCAUAGUGUAGUAUUAUGAGACUCAAAACAGCUGAGAUUUCUGUAACAAGUUAAGAUUGUCAGAUUGAACAGUAUUUCCACUAUUAAGCAAACAUAGAGCUGCAUAGAUGUUUGGAAAGACAAUAUUCUUGUCUUUACUUCAAGGUAUAUGAAUUAAUUAUUUUUUUCUUUGGAAUGAGAGUUGGCGAUUUCGAAAGUAAAAUAUUUCAAGAAGACAGGUAUCAUUUGAGACAAUACCAGCAAAUGAUAAUGCAGAUUUAAUAAUUGUAUUUCUUGGUUAUCCAAGCUUAGAAGUUUAGGCAUGAAAGGUAGACAUGCAGCAUGGAAGUCUGGUUUUCAUUGUUUAUUAUUAAGGCCCUGUUUAGAUCUCGAUCAGAGGACUCGAUUCACGCUCUUUCAUUGUGCUGUGCAAUACCAUCCAGAAACUCAGAACCUUCAAGUUUAAUUGUCCGCGUAACAUACACUGUACUGCAUAUUCCCCACAAACUGCUUACCUGGAAUGGAAAUGUUCCUGGAAUUUUUCAGGCAAAUGCUUGGUACUUAGAGCCAGCUGUAGAAAUAUGGAGCACAUUUGCUAUGCAGAUUUGUUUCUCAAACCAAACUAGACUUCAGCGCAACCUGUGAAUGCAGGAUUUGAAUGUAAAAUUCUUGUAAAUACUUACUUUCCCCAUGGCAACAGCAUCUCUCCGCUCUCAAACCAGGAUUCUAGAUAUUGGUGUUCUGUUCCUUCUUUUAUUUCAUGUCAUGUUUCAUGUUCUUGGUGUUUAGUGUCAGAUGUGGAAGGGAAAGGACCAAAGAGACACCUGUAUGUCUGUGUAUAUGUAUGAUGCUGCUUAUGUGCAUUCAUUUGGAUCCAAACUGAAGACAUUUCUCAGAGUGAAGUGGUGCAUGUUCAUUUCCAGGUUAUGGUGUAGUAAUGUUUGUUCCCAUCCGCCAGUAGGAAUCAGUGGGUGUGGCUUUAACUGUCUUUGUCAGCAGUAAAGAGUAAAUACAGAUCAGAGGUCACGCUGAUCUCUGCAUCAACUCCACGUUAUCCUUUUGCCAUGUUAUUGCACAAAGCUUUAAUUUAAUUGCCAAAAGCUCAGUACGGAAAACCAUAUUUACAGUUUUAUAGCCCAAAAACCACAGCGGUUAUACAUGAAGUCAAAAAGAUGCGUAACACUCUCGACUCACAGUAAAAAUAAAAGGCACAAAAAGUUUAUUUGGGGGGACAGUUGCCCCCCCCCCUUUCUUAAGAUGGGCCAUCAAUAAAAGCACAUGAAAUCAACAUAAUGAAAAAUGUUUGAGUGAUGAGUGAAAUGGGAUGGUGAGAGGGUGAGAUGGAGUUUGAGAAUAUCAAUAUGGAUAUGCUCAUGCUAAUGUAGUCUCAAAAGUCAAGCUCAAAAACAUUGCAAGCCAUGCUAUACUGAUUAUAUUUUUUGAUAGUGUUACCAUUAGUGCUUGCUGUGGCAAAUAUUCCAAACCUUUUCUGUUUUGUUUUGUCGUGCAAGAACCAAAUUGUUCAUUUGACUGGAUAUGUUUUGUUUCAACAUCAUAUGUAUGUGCACAUAUUUUAAAAAUAGGAAUUGAAGUGGCAAUGUGAUGUAUGAGCUUCUUUAUGGAGUGGUUCUUUAAAAUGGCACAGAGUACAAACGCUUUGCUACCAAGGAGGCCAGCACCUUGUGGAGUGAUUUUAAAAGCUUUUCUGCCUUUGAUAAAAAUUUUGGGAUGACCAUUAAUGUUACUAUUCUGUUUCAGCUAAAUUUACUUGCAAAUGUUAUUUGUCUCAGACUAAUAAAUAUAUAUAUGUAUAUGUAUACAUAAUCUAUAUAUUCUGAAGUGUUCCCCAAACUGAAAUUUAUGUGAAUGUGUAGUAGAAUAAAUAAGCAUACAAACUGUU